AUGUCUCUAACGGCCCAUCCGGCCGCACCCUUUGCGGCCUACCGGUCACCGCAAGGGCCGCGAAUACUUGAUCCUCCAGCAUGGUCCAACGCAGCAUCAGUCCCGCAGCAUGGCCGCUCCAGAGCAGGCCUAGACGCAAUCAUCCCGCCUCAGCUUCGUCCGCUCGUGAGGGCCUAUCUACUUGGCUAUGCAUCUAGUGUCGCCCCGCGUCUUCUCACCGUAUUCCUUACAUACUUCACCGCGCACCGCCGCCGGCGUCGGGGUCUCCCCCCUGUUCAGUCUGAAAAGGCGUCUUUUGCAUAUCUGCGUGACACGGUGCGGCAUAUUCUAGGUGCUGGGCUAGAAUGGCGGCGCUUCCCGACAUUUUGUGCCACACUUGUUGGCGGCAGCACACUUCUCGAGGUACACCACAGCUCUGCUUUCUCUAGCCCCGUUGAGUUUCAACUCUUUCCCGUCCCUUUUUGUAAAUUGCUGGCACGGUAUGCACCGGGUCUCUCCAUUGUCGCGCGCGCACGGCUCUCUCGUUGGCUUGCCUCGUUUGUGGCUGCCUAUGGCGGGCUACACAAAGCCGAUGGCACCAAGACAACGGCUAUCGCCGGUGCUGCCACGCCGGCCACCCAAUUUACCAACGUUACCAUACCAUAUGCAGGUCGCACCCUUGAUCUGACGCUCUUCGCUGUCACGCGCGCGGUCGAUGUCAUUGUGGGGGAACUAUGGGCACGCCACAAGGCUCGGCGAGUUGCCGCAGGGUCAUGGUCGAGUCUGGAGGUUUUGAUUGGCCGCCUUAUCGAUCCAGCCAUUUUCUCCAUGUCGUCUGGGCUGGUUAUGUGGGCAUGGUUCUAUGCUCCGUCAAGGCUACCACAUGCGUACAACAAGUGGAUCACAUCCGCUGCUGCUGUCGAUGCUCGCCUCAUUAACGCUCUCCGCCUCUGCCGUAACAACCAACUGCAGUAUGGUAAGGAUUUGGGGCCCGAUGCUCGUGUUCUUGAAGGCAUGUCGCAGGACUACGGUUGGCCGCUCUCCUGGGGCGAUCCGGCAGUAACCGUACCUUUUCCUUGCACCAUGGUCCACAUGGAUUGCGGUCCAUCGUGUGAGUAUCACGCAUUGAUGCGCAUGUGGCGGUCGUGGCGUUGGUCCAUGGCCACAUAUCUACCACUGAGUUUGCUGCUCGUCCUUCGCAAGCCAAACAGGAAUCCUCGCGGUGUCUUAAAAGCCAUUCUGUCAGCCAUACGCUCAUCAGCCUUUCUUGGAACAUUUAUCACGCUCUUCUUCUACGGGGUCUGCUUGGCCCGUACUCGCAUCGGACCACUCAUUCUCGGCACGUCUGUCGCGGCUCGCCAGACCAUUGACUCCGGCCUCUGCACUGCAGUGGGUUGUGGCCUAUGUGGCUGGAGCAUUUUGAUUGAGCGUGCCAGUCGACGCAAGGACAUCGGUCUCUUUGUGGUACCACGCGCCUUAGCUACUAUGUUGCCCCGACGCUAUCCCCUGGACAAGCAGUGGCGCGAAACAUUGGUGUUUGCAGCAAGCACUGCCGUUGUCUUCACGGCCAUCCAAGAAAACCCCAAACGUGUGCGCGGCGUCAUGGGCGGGGUCCUCAAGACCGUUCUCAUGCCGUAA